UCCCUAACAAGAAAAAACGACUGAAGAAACGGCCAUAGUUGGCUGCUGAGAAACCGCGUCCAUGUCUCUAUAUCUCUGUCUUUCUGUCUCCGUUCAUUCAUUUGUGAAAUAGAAGAAGAAGAUUAAAAUGAAGAUGAAGACGAUGAAGGCAGAGACGAUGACGCUGGUGCUGGUGAACCUGGCUGGGAUCAUGGAGAGAGCUGACGAGUCACUUCUUCCGGGUGUGUACAAAGAAGUUGGUGCAGCCCUUCACACUGACCCAACGGGUCUUGGUUCCUUAACUCUCUUCCGAUCUAUCGUUCAGUCCUCUUGCUAUCCCAUAGCCGCAUACCUUGCCGUGCGUCACAACCGAGCCCACGUCAUAGCCCUCGGUGCUUUUCUCUGGGCCGCCGCCACUUUCCUUGUUGCAUUCUCCUCCACUUUCUUUCAGGUAGCUGUAUCGAGAGCAUUAAAUGGGAUUGGCCUUGCACUAGUUGCACCUGCAAUCCAGUCCCUUGUUGCCGACUCAACUGAUGAUAGCAAUCGUGGCAUGGCUUUUGGAUGGCUUCAACUAACAGGCAAUCUUGGUGCAAUUAUUGGUGGCCUCUUCUCAGUGUUGAUAGCUCCAGUAACAGUCAUUGGUAUCCCUGGUUGGAGAAUUUCCUUUCAUAUUGUUGGAUUAAUAAGCAUUAUAGUAGGUACUUUGGUGUACCUCUUUGCGAACGACCCACACUUCUCAGAUAAUAAUAAAAAUGAUAGCAGUCAAGCUCCAAAUAAACCAUUUUGGUCAGAAGUGAAAGAUCUGGUUCAGCAAGCAAAGUCAGUUUCCAAAAUUUCGUCUUUCCAGAUUAUUGUGGCACAGGGUGUCACUGGUUCCUUUCCCUGGUCAGCUUUGUCAUUUGCACCAAUGUGGUUAGAGCUUACUGGCUUCUCACAUGAGAAAACUGCUUUCCUCAUAGCUUUGUUUGUGAUUGCUAGUUCUGUUGGGGGUUUGUUUGGAGGUAAGAUGGGGGAUAUCCUCUCCAGGCAUCUUCCAAAUUCUGGGAGGAUAUUUAUAGCACAGAUAAGCUCUGGGUCAGCAAUCCCUCUAGCAGCAAUUCUUUUGCUGGGUUUACCAAAGGAUCCAUCCACAGUAAUACCUCACGGUUUACUUUUAUUCAUUAUGGGGCUCUUUAUAUCUUGGAAUGCUCCAGCUGCAAAUAAUCCAAUUUUUGCAGAGAUAGUUCCCGAGAGAGCCCGAACAAGUGUAUAUGCCUUGGACCGAUCUUUUGAGUCUAUACUAUCAUCUUUUGCUCCCUUUGCAGUGGGGAUGUUGGCUCAGCGUGUUUAUGGGUAUAAGGGCGUUCCUGAAGGGUCUAGUGAGUCUCAAGAGAUUUUAACAGAUAGAGAGAAUGCUGCAUCAUUGGCUAAGUCUCUUUACACAGCAAUAGGAAUUCCAAUGGCUCUCUGCUGUUUAAUCUACUCAUUUCUUUAUAGGACCUAUCCAAGAGAUAGGGAACGAGCUAAGAUGGAGGCUUUGAUAGAAUCAGAGAUGCAGCAAAUGGAAGCAGAUGGUUUAGCCAUGGAUAGAGAGAUUGUGUCUGAAGAAUUGUCUAUUGGGGAUUAUGAUGGUGAUGGCGUUGAUCUUGAUGAUGAAGAGAACAUAUUGCUCUACCGUCAGUUGACAUUCUCCAACUUAGGUGAAUAGUUAACUCGAAAGUCAUUACAAAUAUUUAGCAGGUCUGCAGCCUAAUGAGAUUGCUUGGCCCAAGAGAUACAAGUUUCAGGUGUUCUCAGUGAUGGAGAAUUUUUCAGAACUACAUUUUGAUCAAAUUUUUAGCAUGAACCAGACAUGGACAGUAACAAAAGAAUCCGUAUACGUCUUCAUAGUUUUAUCUUCCACUUUGAUGGAAGAAUUUUCCUUUGUUAUAUGCGAUUUAAUUGUAUCAACUUUAAUACCUGGAUAACAAUGAAAGUAGAUUGAUUUAUUUGUGUAUAGUUUGAACUAGGAUGACCUCGACAAGAAAAUAUUGAAGUGAAUGCUCCGGAAAUCAACUUAAAAUU